AAUUUUGUUUGCGGCGUGCCAGUCAAGGUUGUAUUUUCGAAUUUAAAUUAUGUGCCACCGGCUUUUUGUCGCCUCCCCCCCUCCCCUUUCAAGCAAUUGUCAGUUGCACGGUUGCUCGCCAGUUUUUAGCGGGCUUAGGCCUACGAGUCGUCGCUGUUGCCGAAAGCCGCGCACUACGCGCACUCUCGGUUCUGGUAGUGCCGCGCUGUGUAGUUACAUACUUGUGCGAAGCACGAGCCCUGAGUAGCGACUAGUCUUUACGCAAGAUUGUUAUUGAUCGUUCUUGAGGACACGCUCGUCGAGGCGGUGAGACGUUCCUUUGCCGCAAUGUCUGCGAAACAGUCGUUCAACGUUGGAGAUCGCGUGUUUGCCAAGGUGCGCGGGUACCCGCCGUGGCCUGCUAGGGUUGAAGAUUGUAUCGGAGAUAAAUCAAAGCCCAAGAGCCAGAAGUACUCGGUACUCUUCUAUGGCACAUAUGAAACGGCAACUCUGGCACCGAAAGACUUGUUUUCCUACAAGGAUUUCAAGGACAAGUACGGCCAACAACAGAAAAGGAAGUUUUUCAAUGAGGGCCUCUGGGAAAUAGAGAACAAUCCCAAUGUUACACCACCUGGAUUAGGGGGCUCUGGCAGCAAAGCUUCUGGGAAAAAGGAGGCCAAGGAGGCAUCACCACCGCAAAGUGAGGAGGAAGAAGAGAAGGAGGAGUCUGAAUUGGUCAUUGACGAAAAGCCAUCAAAAAAUAAGCCUGAGCCACAGCCUGUAAAGAAAAGGGGAACCAAAAGAGCAUCAAAGGAUUCCACAGACGACCAGAACGCUGGAGAAGAAGAAACACCCAAGAGACGGGCCUCUCGGUCUAAGGAUUCUGCAGCCAAGGCUACCCCAAGCCGCAGUCGCAGUGGCCGCAAGAUAAAGCGCAAGAAAUUCAGCUCUGAAAGUGAAGGGGAGGAGGGUGCUGAGCCCACUGAUGCCAUGGAAGAGGACAACCACAAGGAGGCCAGUGAAGAGGAAACCCCACUGCCGCCUGAAGAGGGUGAUGAAGAGCCACCAGCUCCAGCAUCACCAUCACCCCCACCGCCAGCCAAGGAAGAGGCCCCUGCUCCCAAAGAGACCUCGCACCGUGGGAAAAAAGGGAGACACCACCACAAGGAGAAAAACGAGGAGCCCACUGCCGAAGUGGCAGCGCCGCCCGAACCUGAGCCACAGGAGGAGAAGAUGGACGAAGUUGAAGACCAGUUCGUUGAAGCUCCCAGUACAAAGCCACCGAAGAAGUCUAGCCGGCGACGGGACAAACACGCAAGCAAUGAAUUAGCUGCCACCAAAGAAAACACUGACCAAACUAAAGAAAACGACAUUACUGCUGAGCCUUCGGUUCCCACAGAAGCCAAUGAAGUUGAGAAGGAAGAGGAAGACGAAGCUCCGGCAGUAGCUCCAGCAGAGCCACCCAGUAGCCCAUCUCCAAAGAAGAGAUACCGAUCAAAGUCAUGGUGGGAAUCGAGAACCAAGAGGAGGCGAAGAGACUCUGAUACAAAAAGCAGCUCAGAUUCUGAGACUGAGGACGGCUCUGCAGCUCCUGUGCGACUGUCUCCGCCAAAGAAGCGCCGUGGCACUAAGGGUUCAGCAGAGAAGCACCCGCAGCAGGUCCCCAUAGUGGUGCUUCGUGAUGUAUCUGAGAUGAUGGGCACAAGUCGAGGAACUUCCUUCACUGUGGAACAAAGCAAUGGAGUGGUGACGUCUGUCACACAGCAGGAUGGUCUCAAGGAAGCAACUACAGCUUUUGAAAAGUUGCAGAAGAAAAUAAGUAGCAACCCGUUAGAACAUUAUGAGCGAAAGUUGAGGCGCUAUGAAGAAAAUGGGAUUCGGACUUCAAAGAAGAGUGAAGAGUUCAACAGGUUCCUAAAAGUCCUCAACGAGUACAUCCAAGAGCACCAGAAACGAGAUGAGCAACUCAUGGCAAUCAUUACGCGCGUCUGCAACCUGUUCAAGAUCUGAAAACCGGUGUUUCCAUUCGUCACCUUUCUCACCAUCUCGCCAUCUCCUCACCUACUUUCACCACACGCUUGUUCUUUUUUCUCUCUACUUCACCAGACAGACCUCUAUUUUGUUCCCCUUUCAGACAUUACAUUUCUCACAGUAUUGAACCGCUUACAGUUUGAUCAACAAUAGAAUAAGUGUAUUCGACUUUAUGGCAUCCGAUGUGUUAUGCUAAGGCAGGUCCUAGAUGGCUCCUUCCGCAUACAUUCCCAUCAUUUUCUCAGUGUUUGCUGUUUUGUCGUUCUCCCUUUAUAGCUGCAAAGCUACCUUGGCUUGUUUUCGUCCUAUUCUUUGUGUUCUUUUCACUGAAAUCUUUUGUCAUCUUAGGCACUGCAAUGUAGCUGCGAAUACUCAUUUAUUCUUGGCCUUGUGCCUGUUCUUGGAUCAGCUGAUCUUUCUGUUUGAUUUUGCUGCCACAUCUCACAUUUUUCUUGGGCAAGGAAAAAGAACUGCUGUUUUCAUAUUCACAUCACAGUGUUGCCCAUUAUCUUUUUUUUGUGUGUGGGGGGUAAUACCUGCAUGCUAGUAGUGUUGCAUUUGCUUUCUCACGCCCUCACUUUUAUGCCAUAUGAAAUGCAGCUCGUGCCCACUCAAUUCAUUUCUUCUCAUUUUAAUCAACAAAUCAAAUUACUUGGUGCCAUAGCAGCUGAGUUCAUUUGCAGUUCUAUUGUGAAUAGUUCGCUUUUCAUCAUUUUAAUACAGUUCCAUUGAGGCAUUAGCAUCAUUACUGUUUCGUUUUCAGUUGUGUGUUUUGUUAGUAAGCUAACUAUCAUGUUGCAGAAAGCACCUUUCGCGUGAAAUUCUUAUCACUUGAGUGGACCUAUUCAAGUUUGAACUGUAAAAGCUUGUUGCUUUGCGUUUUUUAAAUAUGUGUGAACUCGGAUUUAAACGACAUUUGCCAGAGAUAUGGCUUGUGGAAUUGUUUGAGAAUCCUUGCUUAGUGUACUUUGUGGAAUUUUGUAUUUUAUAAAUCCUGUUCUAGUUACAGAAAGUGAGGCUUGCUUUUGAGGUGCAGGUGCAUAAAUCUCUUCCCUCUUCCCAGAGCAUGGCGUCGAGAAAACUGGCAAAACAGAUGUCUUGUAUUUAUGUUGCCCUGCACAAUUCUCACAAUUUCAGCGCUUCCUUCUUUGUAUCAACAAUGUAUGUUCUCUGAAAUAAAAUGGUUCAUGAUAAGAAGGCA